AUGGGUACAAGUUGUGGUACUCUGGUAGUGAGAGACGUAGGUAUCUUAGUGGACAAGGAGCUUAGGGGGCAGGUAGUGGAGGUUAAAAGGGUUAGUGAUAGGGUGAUGACUAUCAAGUUGGUCUUUGGGGGGUUUACUUUGAAUAUCUAUAGUGCGUAUGUGCCUCAAGCGGGCCUGGUCAAGGAGGAGAAGAAGAGAUUUUGGGAGGUUUUGGACGAGGCGGAUGACGUGCAUGGAGGCUUCGGGUUCGGGGAUAGGAAUGUUGAGGGAGCUGCUCUUUUAGAUUUUGCGAGGGCCUUUGGGUUGGUGGUAAUGAAUUUCAGCUUUUCGGAGAAGGAGGAGCAUCUGGUUACUUUCCCUAGUAGGCUAGCCAAGACUCAGAUCGACUUUUUGCUGCAUAGGAAGGGGGAUAAGGCAAUGUGUAAGGAUUGUAAGGUAAUUCCGAAUGAGAAUCUUGCGACCCAACAUAGGCUUCUGGUGAUGGACUUGGUUCUCAAAAAGGGCAAGAAGAGAUGGGGUGGGGAGGGUCGACCUAGAGUUAGGUGGGGUGGCCUGACUCUAGUUAGUACCUUGGAGAUAGGGGCGAAGUUGGAAGGGAUGAGGGGGGAUUGGUGGUGGAAUGAAGAUGUUAAGAAGAAGGUGGAGACAAAGAAGACAACUUAUGUUAAGUUGCUGGAGAUGGUGAUGGAUGUGUUGACACGGAGUAUACAAGGCGAUGUGCCUUGGUGUAUGCUUUUUGCGGAUGAUGUAGUUAUGAUUGAUAAGUCGCGACAAGGUGUUAAUGAUAAGCUGGAAGUUUAG